GUGUGCGUGCACAGCCCGGGGAGCUGCGGGCAAGGGGCUGGCUGACAGCGGUGAUUUGUCCCCUGCUCAGAGGCAUCUUGGCAUCGUGGGGACCCGCUUGGGGACCCCCAGAAAGAUGCAAACGUGAGCCCGGGGCUGCGUGGGGAGGUGUGUGGGUGCUGCUGGUGCACCCCUGGGGCUGGCAAGGUGUGGGUCCCAGCGUGGCACCCCCACGCUGCCCUGGAUUUGCUCGUUAAAGGGUGAUGUGUGUCCCGUGGGUGCGUGACGUGGCCGUUAAGGGUUCCCCCCCCGGGUGUUUCCCCGCAGGGAGGAUCCGCCGCGGCGCUGCUCCAAAAUGCACAGGACCACCAGGAUAAAGAUCACCGAGCUCAACCCCCACCUGAUGUGCGCCCUGUGCGGCGGCUACUUCAUAGACGCCACCACCAUCGUGGAGUGUCUGCACUCCUUCUGCAAAACCUGCAUCGUUCGCUACCUGGAGACGAACAAGUACUGCCCCAUGUGUGAUGUCCAAGUGCACAAAACCAGACCCCUCCUCAGCAUCAGGUCGGACAAAACCCUACAGGACAUCGUGUACAAGCUGGUCCCGGGGCUUUUCAAAGAUGAGAUGAAAAGGCGGCGCGACUUCUACGCAGCCUACCCCAUGGCAGAGGUUCCCAACGGGUCCAAUGAAGACCGUGGGGAGGUCUCUGAGCAGGACAAGGGGAACCUGACGGACGACGAGAUCGUCAGCCUCUCCAUAGAGUUUUACGAAGGGUCGAGGGAGGAGAAGAAAGGGACCGUUGAGAACGGGGACCUGGAGAAGGAGAAGAAGAACGGGGUGAGGUUCCUGCGCUGUCCUGCCGCCAUGACCGUCAUGCACUUGGCCAAGUUCCUCCGCAACAAGAUGGAUGUUCCCAGCAAGUACAAGGUGGAAGUCCUCUACGAAGACGAGCCCCUGAAGGAGUAUUACACCCUGAUGGAC